AUGGCCGCGCACAGUGGUGCACACAGCUCAGAAGUUGCCAAGGAACUCCAAUCCCAGAGUUAUAUCUCCUUCUGGCGCCUAUUGAUUGACCAGCGAGUUGUCACCCCGGAGGUGUUGCAUCACAACUAUGAAGGCUCGGGGACUGAUGAAGACCCUUACGUCGUGUCCUGGCUACCCAUCGACCCUCGGAACCCAAUGCAGUUUAGCAUGGCGAGAAAGGCGGUCAUCACAUUCAUGACUGCAAUUGCAACUUUUGUUAUAUCACUGUCAUCUUCAGCGUACAGUGGUAGUAUUCAGGGAAUUAUCGAUGAGUUCCAAAUCGCCAGAGAAGUCGCCACCAUCGGACUAUCGCUGUUUGUCUUUGGAUUCGCCGUGGCGCCGCUCAGUGAAUCUAUGGGCCGCCAAAUUCCAUUCUUCAUAUCUUUUCUCGCUCUUUCCUUGUUCUUGGCCGGAUGUGCAUGUGCCCAAAACAUCCAGACCUUGCUGGUUCUUCGGUUCCUUGGGGGAGCUUUUGGCUCCUCGCCCCUUACGAAUGCUGGUGGAGUUAUUUCGGAUAUGUUUGUCUCUAGACAACGGGGGCUGGCGCUUCUUCUAUUUGCAUCGACCCCAUAUUUAGGUAUAAUCCUCCGAUGUGACAUAUUUUGUCGAUCAUCAGUGCUAAUUGGCCUACCAGGCCCUGCCCUUGGGCCCAUUAUAGGCGGUUUUCUCGGAAUGAAAGCUGGAUGGAGAUGGGUUGAAGGAUUUCUAGCGGUCUGUGCAGGACUGGCUUGGAUCUCUAUGGCAUUCUUCGUCCCUGAGACUUAUGCACCGGUCCUCCUCCGCAAACGUGCAGCAGAAUUGUCGACUAUAACUGGAAAAUGCUACGAGAGCAAACUCGAUAUUGAAAGGGGGAAAGUUCCAAUGAUCAAACGACUGAAAACAGCCUUUUCCCGGCCCUGGGUGCUUCUGUUCAGUGAACCCAUUGUCCUUCUUCUCACAUUUUAUGCUGCGCUUAUUUACGGCGUUCUCUACAUGCUCUUCGAGGCCAUUCCAAUUGUCUACGAAGAAAAAAGAGGGUGGAAUGCGGGUAUUGGAGGGCUCCCUUUUCUUGGGGUUAUGGUUGGUGUUCUUUGUGGUGUUGUUUACACUGUACAAGAUAACAAACGAUACAUACGAACACAGGAGGCGCACAAUGGAUUUGCUCCACCAGAGGCUCGUCUUCCUCCCUGCAUGACCUCUGCUGUGACUAUUCCUAUUGGUCUUUUCUGGUUCGCAUGGACAAAUUCCCCGUCUAUUCACUGGCUUUGCAGUGUCGCCGCCCUAGUUCCGUUUGGGUUUGGGCUGCUACUCAUCUACAUGGGUAUAGUCAACUACCUGAUUGACUCAUACACUAUCUACUCGGCGUCUGUACUGGCAGGUAUGUCCGUACUCAGGUAUGGGUUUGGAGCCACUUUCCCCCUGUUCAGCUCGUAUAUGUACGAGCGGCUGGGCAUUCAUUGGGCAUCGUCCAUCCCAGCUUUUUUGUCGGUGCUGUGCAUGCCCCUUCCGUUCUUAUUCUACAGAUAUGGAGACAGGAUACGGCAGCGUUGCAAGUAUGCUGCACUUUCACAGAAGCGUUCUGAUGCACUGCGGCAAACAUCCGUCUCGGAAAAAGCGAUGACGGAAGUUUCCAACGAGGGAGUCGAGAAACAACGAGGGUUGUUGGCAAGUUCCUAG